UAGGGAGAUUUUUCAGCCUUAUUUCUUGUUCUUGUAGUCUUUUUGUUUGUUUGUCUGUUCAGUAUAAAAACUUAAAUAAAAAAAAAUAAAAAAAACUUUUAUCUGUAACGAGUUGUCUCUCUUGGGAAUGGGAAAUCCUGGAAAUAUCCGGAAAUAUUCAGGUCAGAAUGGAGUCAGAAGAUUUGAGAAUAAAGAAAUUAGAUAAUGGCAGCUCAGCUCUAAAAUAUUAGUCUAAAUUGCUCAUAGUGAGAUUUAUUUCUUGAAAAAAAAAAUCUUAGGAAUUCAGUGUGGAGAGACUUGUGAAUAAAUACGUACAUUCUUGCAUGUGUUUGUUGUAUACUUCAUAGGUAUUUUUGUUUUAUGAUUAUGAAAAGGAUGGAUGGGUGGUCGGUUGGAUAAUGUCAUGAAUGGUGUUGGUUAUGAACUGUACGUCAUGUUACCUCUGUGCCAAUCACGCGUAAUCUUGCGCUCCGUGUUAGUUGGACACGGACUGCACACACCGGUGAGGAAUAAAUGUCCAGGCAACCCAACCUUGCCUUUUAACACCACACAACUUUUCUAGUAAUAAUACCUUGCAUGUCAUCUUAUUUUGUUUGGCAUCUUGCAUGGACAAUCAACAUCACUUAUUGCAGCUGUUGGGCAGCGCGUGAGAUUUAUUCCAUGAGCUCCUGGAACACAAGUUAGGAAUCUGAUCGCGUCUCAUAGACAAAUGGUAUGGUUUUCAGCGUAGUUUUUGGCUUGUCCUGAAUCGGAAUCGCAUAUAUUCUGAACGACAUGAAAAUUACAUACGGUUUCGUCGUCAUCGGCGGGGGUUUAACGGGUGUUCUUAGUUUCAGCUCUUUAGCGCUCGCCAUUGGAACGGAAUACUGGUACAUCAUCGAGGACAAGCGCGCGAACUACACUGACCCCGCGCGCAUCAACUCUGGAUUUUGGGGAGUGACAGAUGAUGUCCAAAGUCAUACGGAGGACACUGGAUAUUCAGAAUCAGAAAGGCAGAUGGAAAUCAUGCAUAGCGUGAUGGCCAUCUUACUGCCCUUGAGUCUGGUGAUGCUGGUGUUUGGAGGUAUCUGUGGCCUCGUCAGUUCCCUAGCAAGAAGCAGGACACUCCUGAUCGGAUCCGCUUCAUAUUUCCUCCUGUGCAGUCUUCUCACUCUCUCUGGGGUGAGUCUGUACAUCAGGUACUCUCAGAAGGCUCUGGAAGAAACUGAAAGGCGGAUGGGCCAUGAGCAAAUGGCUCAAGUGCACACGUCAUUCGGCUGGUCUAUGGGCAUGGCCUGGAUCUCCUUUAUUCUGGAGGUGAUCACUGGUCUUCUCCUACUGCUGGCUGUCAGGCUGGUGCCCUUAACCCAGUAUGAAGAGUCUGUUGCUCCCAUAUAGAGACUCGCCACCUGCUUGAACCAUACAUUUCCAUUUCAGGCAAGCUAGUCAGUAUUUGUAAAGGUAAGGUCUCCUCUUUGCUUACAUUGUUAGCAAAAAUGCAGAUUAACAUUAUUGGUCCAAAGUUUUGACACAUCUAUUCAUUUCCAUUAUGAUUGUUUUCCACAUUUUAGAAUAAUAGCAAAAUCAUCAAAACCAUAAAAUAACACAAAUGGAAGUAAAUUGAAAUGAAAAUUUUUUUUUGUAAAGAUAUUCAUACAAAAGCAUGUUUUGUAUUCAAAAAUAAUUUUACACGCUUAAGAUCACGAGAAACAUUACUUGAUGAGUAGUGCAGAGCUGGACAACCAAAUUGCACUUUGCAAUAUACUAUAACUCUGUUAUGUAAAAUAUGUAGAAAAAAAAAAGGCCAACUGUUUUGCUCUUCUUUUGUUGAAAAUAGCUACUGUAAUUGCUAGUGAGUUUCAUUUGUUAGUGUUUCUGUAAUGUUAUUUUCUUUUAUGCUGGGCUCCUGCUUGCCA